AAAAGGAAAAAGGAAAGAGGAAAAGAAAAGAGGAAAAGGAAGAGAGAGGGGAGGAGAAAAAAGACAAGGAGGAAAGGAAGGGACAAGAAUAGACGGGGAAAAGGGGAGAGGACGAAGAAAGAGAAGGGGGGAGAUCCAGGGGUGAAGGGGCCGCAGAGAAAGGGAAAGAAGCGAAGAAGAGGAAAAAAGAGAAGGAAUCGGGGGAAAGGGAGGGGGGAAGAAAGGGAAAAGGAGAGGAAAGAGGAGGGGGAGGGGAGGGGUCGUGGGGAGAAGGGAAAGGGAGGGACUGGAAAAGGAGCGAGGAGACUGUAA